UUAACUUCCUGCUUCAAAAGGAGUCGGCCUGAAAAUCCUCUUUUUUUUUGUUCUCGAAACGCAACAUCGUUUAACCUCAUCGUUAAACGUGAUAUUGACGGCGUUUUUUCUCUCGUUUUUCUUAUCACAAUUAAAACAACAAACUCUUUUAGUUAGUUUCUAACCGUUUGUAACAGUUUAGUUUCAGCCGGAGAGUCGCAAUGCCGAGCCACACGCUCCGUGUAGCGGUUGUGUGCUCGAGCAACCAGAACCGCAGUAUGGAAGCGCACAAUAUCCUCAGCAAACGUGGAUUUGAAGUGCGAUCGUUUGGGACGGGGACUCACGUGAAGCUACCCGGUCCUUCCCCGGAUAAACCUAAUGUGUAUGACUUCAAAACAACUUAUGAGCAGAUGUACAACGAUUUGGUCCGCAAGGACAAGGAACUAUACACACAGAAUGGCAUCCUGCACAUGCUGGACCGUAACAAGCGCAUCAAAGCAAAGCCGGAGCGCUUCCAGCUAUGCAAGGACAAGUUCGACCUGGUCGUCACCUGUGAAGAGAGAGUCUAUGACCAAGUGUUGGAGGAUUUGAAUUCAAGAGAACAGGAAACUUUACAGCCUGUGCAUGUUAUCAAUGUAGAUAUUCAGGACAACCACGAGGAAGCCACGUUAGGCGCCUUCCUCAUCUGUGAGCUGUGUCAGUGUAUCCAGCACACUGACGACAUGGAGAAUGAGAUUGAUGAGCUCCUACAAGAGUUUGAGGACAAGAGCAACAGGCCUUUUCUUCACACCGUUUGCUUCUACUGAUGCACCACAAAUAUUUGCAAUAAACCCACAUCAGGACCCCCCAAGCAAUCAAACGGGAUACGGACAAACGGGCUUUAUAUUUUAGUCGUGUCCAGAACAGUUGUGUGCAAAGACGAUAGCACUUCAGGUCAGGACCUCAAACAAUAGAUGGAAGUAAUGAUGAGCUGGUCCUCCUAAGAGGAUUGAAAUGCUGCUUUCAUUCUGCCUUUGUUUCUCCAAACUCAAGUUAAGAUCCUCUCCUCAUUCCCAUCAAGUGAAACCACAAACAUGUCUCCUCAGGGAGAGCCAUGACGCCCACAUCCUAGAUUGAACUGAUCUUCAGUACAGCACAUUUGUUUAUUCUUUUCCAGAUUUAUUACUGUAAUGUGUUCAGUAUUAGUUUUAAUUAAGUUGGGACGGUAAAUGUUUACACGCAGGAGAAAUAUUAAAUGUAUUUGUUUUUUGUGCAACUAUGUUGUAGAUGAGUUAAGUUAAAAAGGGGUGGGCGGCUAAGAACGAAUAACCAAACCGAGACUUGUGCGUUGAUCUCUAUACGACGUGCUGAUUCUUAUUUAAACUGCAAUGGUGUCUUUCAGGGCUUCUGUUCUUUUUUUUUUUUUUUUUUUUUUUUGGUAAA